AUGGAAGUUCUGGGAGGAGUAGCUAGCGGUAUCGCAGUCGUUCAGAUAUCUUCAGAGAUCGCCAAGCUUUGCGGCAGCUACAUCAUUGAAGUGCGUGACGCUCAGGAGGAGAUCGAGCGCCUUCGAGUCAAGGCAACAGCCGUCCAUGAUGUCCUUUGCCGCCUGAAGAGCAACAAUCGAAUCGAUGGGGUUGGAGAUAGCAUACAGCAUUGUCUUGAUGAUCUGGCUCCUAUCAAACAAAAGUUGGAGGCCAAGAAGAGACACAGAUUCAAGGACCGCAAUGGAGUCAGAGCGCUUAAAUGGCCCUUCUCGAAGAAACAAGUCAUCACAAUCAUGGAAAGUCUCGAGGACUAUCUUCUCUUAUUCAGCACUCAUCUUCAGCUAACACUCGAUGAAAGAACGGAGGCAGAAAAGCGACAGCGCAUUCUUGAGAAGCUAGAUUUCGUGAGCGACGCUGUUUUUAACUCUUAUGAGAGCAGCGGACGACAUCGGCAAUGUCUUAAGGGGACUCGCACCCAGCUCUUGAAUGAGAUCACCAAUUGGGUAGAGAGUGAGGCUUCCAAGCCCAUCUUCUGGCUUAAGGGCUUAGCAGGCACCGGGAAAUCUACCAUAUCAAUGACCAUAGCUUCCAUUCUUCAAGAUCCAAGCCGUAUCUGUGCCAGCUAUUUCUUCAAGCGAGGGUUUGGCGAACUUGCUUAUGCAAGAAGGCUUAUCACUACGCUUGUGCGACAGUUGGUAUCGACUGCAUCUCCGUAUCAGGACUCUGUCGUCAAAGCCCUGGAGGCUGAAGCUGGCCUCGGCAAAUCUGUUGGCUUAGCGGAGCAAUUUGAUAAGCUUCUCCUUGAUCCACUACUGACUUUGCAGAAGAAUCAAUCACCCGUUCCACAGAUCCUAAUCGUGAUUGACGCGCUGGACGAAUGCGAUGAGGAAGACAAUGUUCGGCUCUUACUCCGGCUUUUCAGUAGGAUUCGGGAUGUUCAUCAACUCCACAUCCGCAUUUUCAUAACAAGCAGGCCCGAGUGGCCUAUUCGUAUGGGGUUUGAGAAAUUGACGUCUGUAUUGUACCAUGACUUGGCACUACAAAAUAUCACGCGCUCGACUGUGGACGAAGACAUCCGAAAUUUCGUCCAACACGAACUUGACUCUACUAGCUCAGAAUUUUCGCUUGGAGAUCAAUGGCCGCCCAAAUCUGACGUCGACCAUCUAGUCCGAAAAGCUGGUGGCCUUUUCAUUUUUGCCUCCACCGCCUGCCGGUACAUUGGUGGCUCACCGCAAGCUGAUCCUGAAGAACGCCUGGCCGACAUUUUAGGCGAUGUAGCCGACAACCAGCUCGCCACCGAGGAACUCGAUCAAAUGUAUUCAGCCAUUAUACGAAAAGUCUUUCGGGGUAAGUAUACGUCGAAAGAACAGGAACGUAUUGCUAGCCAAUUUCGCGAGACUGUGGGUCGAAUCGUACUCCUGAAGCGCCCCUUACCGGUCUCGGACUUGUAUGCGCUGUUCGGCCACCAUUUGUAUCGCACACAACUUAUAUUUGAGACUAUGCUUCGACAGCUCUAUGCGGUGUUGGACGUGCCCGAAGCGAACAGUGCACCGGUACAGAUUCUUCAUCUGUCAUUUCGUGAUUUCUUACUUGAUGAACGUCGCUGUCAAGAGCGGCACGCAUGGGUGGAUGAGCAAGAAAUUAAUGAAAAGCUAGCUUCUGAAUCAUUGGGUUUGAUGUCAAUGUCUUUGCAUCAAAAUAUCUGCGAUCUGGAAUCGCUGGAUACAGAAAUCUCCGAGAUCGACGCAGCUCUCAUCGCGGAGAAGCUUCCCCAAGCAAUGCAAUACACAUUUUCUAUGUUGGCUGGAAGCUAUAUCCCUGAUAAGGCGGACUUUUGA